GAGUAGUCUAAGUAGUCAGAGACGGGUCUUUAAAUAUUAAUUUAAAGGAAGCGUCAACGUGAAAAACAGCUAGCAAGGUCCAAGGAGAAAAGAAUAACCAUAUUUCAGGAAUUAUAAAACCAAGUUGCAGUAAUCUAUGCUUAUGAAAUCACAAGGGAACAAAUGGAUGACGACGUCCAAUUUAGGUUUUUUAAAUAUCAAGUUGCAGAUUGCAGCGCAGGUGUACUAAUAGAGAAUGAUUUUGUACGAGAUUGCAGUAUAGUAGGAGAAUGAGUUUCAACAGGGUGAAUAUGAUUUUGUGGCUCCUAUGGGUCUGGAUGGUGUUUGGUAUCUCGGCUUCCACAAGAGCAAGACCAGAUAUGCUUGUAAUUAACUUUGGUGAUGCAAACUCCGACACUGGAGGAGUGCUGGCCGGUGCAGGACUUCCCAUUGGCCUUCCACACGGCAUUACCUUCUUUCACAGAGGCACUGGUCGUUUCGGUGACGGUCGACUCAUCCUUGACUUUAUCUGUGAGCAUCUGAAGCUGGGUUAUUUGAGCCCAUAUCUGGAAUCGCUGGCACCAAAUUUCACAAGUGGGGUAAAUUUUGCAGUAGCUGGAGCCAUGAUUCUACCACAGUUUGUUCCUUUUCAUCUUGAUAUUCAAGUUCGGCAGUUCCUGCACUUCAAGAAUCGUUCCCUUCAACUCCUCUCAUUGGGUUCUGGGGAGUUUAUCAAUGAAGAUGAAUUCCAUAAGGCGCUUUACAUGAUAGAUGUUGGACAAAAUGAUCUGCUUGAAGCACUGUAUGCAUCAAACCUUACUUACGCACCAGUUGCAGCCCAAAUUCCUUCUUUUAUAGCAGAAACCAAACUAGCUGUUCAAAAUUUAUACCAGUCUGGUGGGAGAAAGUUUUGGGUAUAUAGCACUGGACCACAGGGCUGUGCUCCUAAAGAGCUUGCAUUACAUGCACACAAUGAUACCGACCUUGACAGGAUUGGAUGCUUUCGUGUCCACAAUGAUUUGGCCAAACUGUUUAACAAAGGGUUACGCAGCAUGUGCAAAGAGUUGAGAUCAGAACUGAAAGAUGCAGCCAUCCUUUAUGUGGAUGUUUACACCAUCAAAUACAAUCUGUUUGCCAAGGCUUCAGAAUAUGGAUUCGUGGAACCAUUCAAGGCGUGCUGUGGGUAUGGUGGGCCUCCCAAUAAUUACAAUGUGAAAGCAACAUGCGGGCAGCCGGGAUACAACAUGUGCAAUAACGUAACAUCAGCCAUCGUAUGGGAUGGUGUCCACUACACAGAAGCUGCAAAUAGGAUUGUUGCUGCCAAAAUCCUGUCCAUGCCAUCACUAGAGGGGUUUUGGUCGACCUGAUUCUGCCACAUAAAUGGUCCAAGUCUGAAUGAGUUGGAUGAAAAAACUGUAAUUUGAUUAAGGUCUUGCAGUUGAUAAUGUUGUAUGAUGAAUUUUAACUUAUGGUUUUGUGGAUUUGGGAGCAAUUUUGACGGUUUUAAACACAA